AUAUCUACUCUGAAUUGUUGAUGGAAGGAAGUUGUAGAUGGAAAGGGUCAGACUUUUGUUUAAGAAGCAAUAAUCUCGAAUUGUUCUGUUAUUUAACAGGUGGAAAUCUUGCAAUCAAAAUCACAGAAAAGGUAUUAAAUAAAAAUUUAAAAGCAAUUGAAGGUUUGAUCUUAGAAAAAAGAUUUGUUCCAAAUCCAAGAAAACCCAAAAUGUCAUAA